UAGAUUAAUCAUUUAUUUAUGAACAGUAAACAUUUGACCACACAUUCAUGUACCCCAAGUUACAGACACUACAAAGCUGAAUAUUCUACAAACAUACUUAGUUAACAGUGUGCUCAGAGCAUACCUUCCCAGUGGCCAUGUACACCACUUGCCUUAAACAAAAGAGAGCUCGAACCUACCACACGUGUUCUCUAGUAUAUAUGCCUGGGAUAUUUGAAAUUCAACACCAGGCAUCUAAUCAAUGGGAAAAGCAGCUGCAGUUUCUAAACUAAUCAAUCAUGUCAGAAGCUACUAUCCACAAUCAGAAUAAACCACACCCCCUACAGGACACCUAGUCCCUCUGUAUCACCUCCUUAAAUAAGAAGGCACAGUAAUACCUCACUUCCUGAGGAGAUUGAGGCAAGUGAGGCUCUCUACCCACUCACCCCAUCUUCUCUGCAUUUUAUAGAAGCACCAUUGAGAGUGUCCUGACAUGUUGCAUUUUCAUCUGGUACGGGAGCAGCAGAGUAUCAGUCUACUUCCCAGCAAAGGACAUGUGAGAGUGGCACUUAGUAUUAUCAAGGAUCUCUCCCAUCCAUCCAUCCAGCAUCCUCUUUGACAUUCUACAUCAGGCAGCCACAAAACAAAUAAACCUCAGAGGAGCCCAUUAAAGAAAAAGAAGACUGCAAACAUCCAAUGGGGGAAGGAGGGGGAGAGAGAGAGAUGAAAGAGAGCAUUCAGCUUACAUGCUGUGUGCCUGUGAUACUGCUGCAGCUGAGUGAGCAGUAUGGCCCCGUGUUCACCUUCUGGUUUGGCAGCUGCCCUGCGGUGGUGGUGUGUGGUGCCGAAGUGAUGAGAGAGGCCCUGAUUGACCACGGGUAUGACUUCAGCGGCCGAUAUCUCAUACCCGCCAUCAAAAAAGUCUCAGACGGCUACGGAAUUAACUUCAGCAGUGGCGAGAGAUGGAAGCAGCUUCGGAGAUUCACUCUCAGUACCUUGAGGAAUUUUGGAAUGGGGAAAAAGAGUGCUGAGGAGAGGAUUCAGGAGGAAGCCCAGUUUCUGGUCACAAGUUUCAUGGAUAAGAAAGGUGAACCUUUCAACCCAGACUUUCUCCUGCGAUGUGCAACAUCAAACAUCAUCUGUUCCAUCACCGUUGGAAAACGAUUUGGUUACAAAGAUAAACAAUUUCUCUGGCUAAUGGAGCUGGUUGCAGAAAUUACCGUCAGUUUGACUGGCCCCUGGAUACAGUUGUACAACACCUUCCCAAGGAUCAUGGAUUUCCUGCCUGGACCUCACCAAAAGUUCUUCCAAAAUAUCACAAACUUGAGAAGUUUUCUGGCCAAGACUAUUCAAAGCCACAAAGAAACUGUCCAGAAAGACUCCCCCAGGGAUUACAUCGACUGCUUCCUCACGAAGAUGGAUGAGGACAAAGAUGAGCUUAACUCUGAAUUCUUUCAAGAAAACUUGUUGGUGUCGACAGAGAGCUUGUUUCUGGCUGGAACUGAAACAAGCAGCACAACACUGUGCUGGGCUCUUCAAAUCCUGGCAAAGUAUCCGGAAGUUCAAGAGAAGAUUCAUAAUGAGAUUGAUGAUGUGAUUGGAUCUCAUCGAAGACCUGCAAUUGAAGAUCGAGUGAAGAUGCCAUACACUGAUGCGGUCAUCCACGAGGUCCAGCGAUACAUCAACAUCACUCCCAUGAGCCUUCCACACAUGGCAACAAGUGAUGUGAACUUCCGAGGAUAUUUGAUACCCAAGGGUAUGCUUGUGAUGCCUGUCCUUUCAUCUGUUCUGAAAGACAACAGCCUCUGGGAGUCACCGGAAUCAUUUAAUGCAAAUCAUUUCCUUGAUGAAAAUGGAUGUUUCAAAAAGAGUGAAAAUUUUGUGGCAUUCUCAGCAGGAAUAUGUAUACACUUAUUUAUUUUAUUGACUUUUCUCUCUGCCCACUUGCAAGAGGACACAACCUUGUCAUAGUGUUUGGAGGCUUGUAUGCCUCAAUGACCCAGAGAUCUAUAUUGGAAGGAGUACGGGCUUUAUGCAUUGGCUCUGGGUAGGGUCACCCAUGUCAAACAGAUUAAAGGGCAGAGGCCAGACCAACAGCAGUCCACCAGUCAUCCAAGUUCCGGGGUUCAGCUCAGGGCGAACAACUCUGACUGGUAAUGAAAACUGAUAGGCAAUUGAAUGGCAGAGCAGACUUGAUGGGCCAAUUAGCCUAAUACUGCUUCUAUGUCUUAAGGUCUUAUGUUCUAAAACAGAAAUAGCAAUGAACAAUCCUUCUACAUCUGAGUGUGUCGGUAUUCCUGAGUCUUCACCAGGGACUUGCAUGACAGCAGUGAAAACUGAGCCACUGACAUGAUGAAGGAAGGCCUGAAGACCAUCAGAUCCAUUAUGAUCGUAAAUACCAACGGUGUAACAGGCUGCUGCAGUUCUCCACCCAAGGAAAGGCUGAUCGCAGAAUAAGUCAAAGUUCAAAGCAUCACAAUUCUUUGCUGAAACCCAAAAUGAUCCAAAUCAGCAGACUUGCUGCUUUCUGUUGACCUUCCUAAACUGAGGUGCUGACUCUGGGCACAUUACACUAACUGGAGUCAGACAGAGCCAAACAUCAAAGUGUGCAUGAGGAGAUUCCUUUAUACUGAAGCAGGAGUAGAUUGUUCAUUUCUGCACACACGAAAAUCACACAGUGAGGAUUACCCAGUGUUGUGACUGCGAAUUAAGUUACCAGAGAGAC